GCUUAUCAUCUUUGGUUUGGUUAGAUUUAGUGGGGACAGCAAUUGAAGAAGUUCCUAGUCAGGUUGGGGCCUUGAACAUGCUCGAAAAACUUGACAUGAGAUAUUGUCAUUUGCUUAAAACAUUACCAGAGUCCAUAGGAAAUAUGUCGAGCCUCACCGAUCUGUUCUUGGAUAACACCAUGAUAACAACACUGCCAGAGUCCAUAGGAAUGCUUGAAAGGCUUCGCACCUUAAGACUAAGUCAAUGCGCGCAACUCCGGCAACUACCUACUUCACUUGGGAAGUUGAAAAGUCUGGUUUACUUAGUAAUGCCAGGAACUUGUGUCACAGAAUUACCGCAGGAAUUUGGGAUGCUCACAAGCCUGACAUCAUUGAAAAUGAGAAAAGAGCUGAAUAGAGGACAGCCUCUAAAUGUGGAAGACAAUCCAGAACUGGCAGAACCCAAUCAAUCCAAUGCCCUAAAACAUAUUGUUCUUCCAGAGUCCUUUGCAAAUUUAUGUUCAUUGAAAGAGAUGGAUGCUCACGCUUGGGGAUUUUCGGGAAGCAUCUCCAAUAAUUUUGAAAGGUUGUCGUCCUUGGAGGAUUUGAAUUUGGGUCGUAACGACUUUUCUAGCUUGCCAUCCAGUCUGAGCGGCCUUGUGCUUCUGAAAAAACUCAACUUGUCUCAUUGUAACAAGCUCACAUAUCUGCCUCCACUUCCGUCGACCUUGCGUGAGUUGAAUAUGGCGAACUGUACUGCAUUGGAGAGUAUAUAUGACUUGACAAAAGUGGAGGAUUUAGAGGAGCUGAAUGUUACUAAUUGCAGCAAUUUAGUUGACAUCCCCGGUCUCCAGGUAUUGAAGUCUCUAAGACGUUUAUUCUUGGGUGGUUGCAAGGCAUGCUUCCCAGCAGUGAAGAAAAGAAUUGAAAAGGUUGCUUUAAAGCAUUUGUACAACUUGUGUGUCCCUGGGAGUGAGAUUCCCCGAUGGUUUUCUCAGGAAGUUUCUCAUUUUGCUGCACCGAAGAACCGCGAGAUCAGAGGAAUAAUUUUCGCUGUUGUUGUCUCUCUGGACAGUGUAAACCGGGGAAACAUUCCACUACCAGCAAUCGUGGACAUUAAAGGAAGGCUUCUCAGGAUUGAAGAUCCAAUACAUACCACGGUAUUAAACCUGAUGGGGGUCCCCGACACAAGUGAAGACCAGCUUUACUUGAUUAGAUUUCCAGAAUUCAAGUCAAUGGUUCAGAUGUUAAAAGAAGGAGACGGGAUAGAUAUAGUGCUCCGAGACCCGCCCUGCUUUCCUGGGGUCUCACUGAAAAAGCGUGGGAUAUAUCUGGUUUUUGAGAAUGAUGAUGAUUAUGAUGAUAAUGAAGAAUGGUUGGACGAAUCCCAGCAGUCAGUGUCACAGAAACUGGCCAAGUUCAUCAGCUCCUUGUGAAAUAUUGUUUCUUUAUCCUCGCAAUUUAGUGACAAAAAGCAACUCUAAACUUCUAUUUUAGAAA